GCGCCUUGGAGGAGGCGUGCGGUUCUGAGUCCGCGACGAAUGUCGUGAAUCUGUUCGGCGAUUAAACACCAAGUAAAAUGGCAAUGCGGCUGAAAUCCUUUCCAUGCACGAGCAGCGGCUAGUUGUGCAGCUUCGAUCUAUGGAGCAGAAGGAGUGAAAGGACCAGAAGGGUCGGAAGGACCCUCGUGUCCGUUUUGUCCUCGAGAAGAAGUGAAGUUCACAGCAGGGCCGGAGGCUCGAGGCUCCUGCAGUUGUUGCCAAGAAAAACUACAAGCCGAAUAAACACACAAAACAUUGGACUGGGACCCCCGACAGCUGCUUAAUGUUUUAGUAAUUUAAUAUUUUGUGUUAAUAAUUAAUUAACACCUGACACAAUGAGGAAGGACGUGAGGAUAUUGCUCGUGGGAGAACCCAAGGUGGGGAAGACGUCUUUAAUCAUGUCCCUCGUCGGUGAGGAGUUUCCUGAGGAGGUUCCUCUGCGAGCUGAAGAGAUCACCAUUCCUGCAGAUGUCACUCCAGAGAGAGUUCCCACACACAUUGUAGAUUAUUCAGAAGCUGAACAGACUGAUGAACAGUUAUUCCAAGAGAUAUCAAAGGCCAACGUAAUAUGUAUAGUGUACGCUGUCAAUAACAAAAAGUCCAUUGAGAAGGUAACCAGUCACUGGAUUCCGCUUAUCAGUGAAAGGAUUGACAAGGACAACAGGGUGCCCCUCAUCCUAGUGGGGAACAAGUCUGACUUGGUGGAGCACAGCAGCAUGGAAACCAUCCUCCCCAUCAUGAACCAGUACAGUGAGAUUGAGACCUGUGUGGAGUGCUCAGCAAAAAACCUGAAGAACAUCUCUGAGUUGUUUUACUAUGCUCAGAAGGCUGUGCUGCACCCUACAGGGCCUCUCUACUGUCCAGAGGAGAAGGAGAUGAUGCCUGCUUGUGUCAAGGCUCUGACUUGCAUCUUCAAAGUGUCCGACAUGGACAAUGAUGGCAUACUCAAUGACACCGAGCUCAACCUCUUCCAGAGGACAUGUUUCAAUACCCCACUGGCACCUCAGGCACUGGAGGAUGUGAAGAAUGUGGUUAGAAGAAACAUGGCAGAUGGUGUGCAGGACAAUGGUCUCACGCUCAAGGGUUUCCUUUUCCUACACACGCUCUUCAUCCAGAGGGGCCGGCACGAGACCACCUGGACAGUGUUGCGGAGGUUUGGUUACGACGAUGACCUGGAGCUCACGCAGGAGUACUUAUUCCCUCCGUUAAAAAUCCCACCUGACUGCACCACAGAGCUGAACCACAAUGCUUAUCUCUUCCUCCAGAGUGUCUUUGACAAGCAUGACAAGGACCGUGACUGUGCCCUCUCCCCGGAGGAGCUGAAAGACUUGUUCCGCGUGUUUCCCUACAUGCCCUGGGGCCCAGAUGUUAACAACACAGUGUGCACCAACGAGCAGGGCUGGAUCACCUACCAAGGCUACCUGUCCCAGUGGACGUUAACGACCUACCUGGAUGUGCAACGCUGCUUGGAGUAUCUGGGCUACUUGGGUUACUCGAUCAUCGCUGAGCAGGAGUCUCAGGCUGCUGCCAUCACAGUGACACGUAACAAGAGGAUCGACCUGCAGAAGAAGCAGACUCAACGCAGCGUGUUCCGCUGCAGUGUCUUUGGAGCCAAGGGUAGUGGCAAGAGUGGCUUUCUGCAGGGCUUCCUGGGCCGGAACAUCACGCGCCAGAAGAACAUAAGAGAAGACCAUAAAUCAUACUACGCCAUCAGCACUACUUAUGUCUAUGGACAAGAGAAGUAUUUACUUCUUCACGAGGUCCUCCCAGACCCAGAUUUCCUCUCAGAGGGUGAUCUCUCCUGCGAUGCAGUCUGUUUGGUUUACGACAUCAGCAAUCCCCGCUCCUUUGAGUACUGUGCCCGGGUCUACAAGCAGUACUUCUUGGACAGCAGGACACCAUGCCUUGUGGUUGGUGCCAAGGCAGAUCUUCCGGAAGUGAGGCAGCAGUACAGCCUCUCUCCACUGGACUUCUGCAGGAAGCACAAGCUGCACGCGCCGCAACUCUUCACUUGCAACACAGCGGAUGCUCCCAGCCGUGACAUCUACACCAAGCUCACCACCAUGGCCAUGUAUCCCCAUGCCCGGUUACACUGCAUGUGCGCCUGCAACAGGUGCACCUUUUGCAUCUGUCAGAACCUCCUCAACUCAGAGCUGCUGCGGUCUGUAAAGGCCAAACUCUACACUGCCCUUCUCAGGUGUUCAUUUUCUUUCAUUUGGCUGGCUUGUGUUCUGUUACUGCUGCAUGCGUUUGCCUCUUAAUGAGCAGGGUCAUUUGUCAUGUUACUCUCCUGUGCAUCUCAUUAACACUGCCCUCAUAUUGUCUGCUGUUCUGCAGUUGUAACCCUUCCUUUAUAUGCGUACAUGUUGGUCAAGGAGCUUCCCUUAAUCCUCUGCCUUAGUCUUGUUUUGUUCCUGGGUUGAAUUGCACUGUCACCUUAUGGAAGCAGUAUUUCAGUAGAACAGGAGUGUAAGAGUGUCGUGUGUUUGUGUGUGUGCGCGAGGGAGGGACGGAUAUGUAUACUUGAUGAAGGAAUUAAAUAUGUAUGAACCAGUAAAUUUCUUCUUUAUAUACCCAGUAGAUAGUUUUAAAUUAAAUGCCACGUAUCGGAUUUUCUACAGGGGAAGUCAUUUUUGAGUUGGCGAAAACUACCCGUACUGUUAUUUAAAGCAUUUAGUUUAAUUUGUAGAUAUCCUGGUCAUGUUUCUGUGACCGUCUACAGGGUGGGCAUGCGGCAGCUAUUUCCAUUAAUGUGUGCGGUGGGGAGAGGGCCAAAUUUGGGACCUUUGGUGUCUCGUGUGAGAAAUUUGGUCUGGGGAUAUACUGCUGAGGAACUCGUGUCAUCAGUUUAACCAAAUUCCAAAUGACUCCUAGUUAGUUCAAAUUGCUUAAUUACAAAAAUAGUUACAGAAUUACAGAGCAAAAGAAUCCUUGUAGCACAAUAGGUUCUGGCAUACUUGAUACUUGUCAUAUGUGCAAGAUUGUACUUUCGGUGGUCCUGCACAAACAGAACUGAGACCUUUUGUGGUUGGAUGGACCGGGUAUCUCUCUGACUGUAGUGCCUCACAGCAUCAGGAUGACAGCAUCUGGCUAUUUCGGAGCAAGAAACCAAGGCAUGGUGGCUAUUAACACUGUCACUGAGAUGUGCUGAAUGCUAAUUCUGGAGUUUGUGUUUGGUUUAGCAUUUGGGGGCUUAAAGAGCAUGUGUUAAGCGGAGGACUCGCACUCUAUGCACACUCGCAGACUAUAACCAUGGACGCAGCUUCUAUAUCUGGGUGCUUUUUUUUGUUUUCCAAAACCUUGUUUCAGUUUAUAUUCACAUCAGUCCACAAUGUCUAUGAGACUGAUUGUGAGACCAAAUUCUUUGGUUAAGGUGUUUCAUUAUGGAUAUAGAUUGUUUUAUUAUAUAUAACUAGACAUAGUGAAUCAGUUCAUUUUUAAACCCACAUCACUUCUAAACGCUGCAGUAGUGAUCAUGUAGAUGAUUUUAUUGAUUGUGAUCAUAACAAUGAUCUUUGGCUGAAGCCUCCAGAGCUAAGAUGAGCUCCUGAGUAGGUCUACAGAGGGACUCUGUCAAGUUGGGCUUGUGGAGUGGUGAGUUG